AGAGUUUCAAGGAAGGGACCCAGUGUGCUGUGGGGACUCGGGAUACCACAGCUGCCACAUUCCAAUGUGGCACUCCUUGUUUCUGCUGUCCUUCUUGAAGUCCUUGAAGUUGUUUCAAGAUGUCUCAGCUCAGGAAGGAGUAAUUUAUCAAGUACUCUGCUUGGAGAAGUAGAGCAUAGCCUGGAAUGGAGGAACAUGGAUCCCUGUGGGCGCUUGCAAUCUUCUGCUUUCAUUUUGUCAGUCAUGCAAGCACAGUUUUAAGUACUCACCAGGGGAGAAAAAGCUCUCUUCCCAGCUUGUGCUUGCCAGUAAGACACUCUCCUUUCAGAGUCAAGGCUGCAGCUGGCCUUGGGAGCUUCUUCCUAGGUCUCUAGCAAGUGGAGCCAGAGCUGCUACAGAGGAGCCUUCACCAUGGAGCAGCUGAGUUCAGCGAACACCCUCUUCACCUUGGAGCUGUUCCACACACUGAAGGAAAGCAGCCCCACAGGAAACAUCUUCUUCUCUCCAUUUAGUAUUUCUUCUUCCUUGGCCAUGGUCUUUCUGGGAGCCAAAGGCAGCACUGCAGCCCAGCUCUCUAAGACUCUUCAUUUUGACUCUGUUGAGGACAUCCAUUCAUGCUUUCAAAGCCUGACUGCUGAAGUGAGCAAGCUGGGAGCAUCUCACACUCUGAAACUUGCUAACAGACUGUAUGGAGAGAAAACCUACAAUUUCCUUCCUGAGUUCUUGGCUUCCACCCAGAAAAUGUACAGUGCUGACUUGGCCGCUGUGGAUUUUCAGCAUGCCUCUGAGGAUGCAAGGAAGGAGAUAAACCAAUGGGUCAAAGGUCAAACAGAAGGUAAAAUCCCAGAACUGCUGGCUAAGGGUGUGGUAGACAGCAUGACCAAACUUGUGCUAGUGAAUGCCAUUUACUUCAAAGGAAUAUGGGAGGAGCAAUUCAUGACAAGAGAAACAAUCAAUGCUCCAUUCAGACUGAAUAAGAAAGACACAAAAACAGUGAAGAUGAUGUAUCAAAAGAAAAAAUUUCCAUUCGGUUACAUUUCGGACCUGAAGUGCAAGGUGCUGGAGAUGCCUUACCAGGGUGGAGAACUUAGCAUGGUCAUUCUGCUGCCUGAAGACAUUGAGGAUGAGUCCACGGGUCUUAAGAAGAUUGAGGAGCAAUUAACUUUGGGAAAACUUCAUGAAUGGACCAAACAUGAGAACUUGAGAAACAUUGAUGUCCAUGUCAAAUUGCCCAGGUUCAAGAUGGAAGAGAGCUACAUACUCAACUCUAACCUGUGCUGCCUGGGAGUGCAGGAUCUCUUUAGUAGUGGCAAGGCUGAUCUCUCUGGCAUGUCAGGAUCCAGAGAUCUUUUCGUAUCAAAAAUUGUCCACAAGUCAUUUGUGGAUGUUAAUGAGCAGGGAACAGAGGCAGCUGCUGCCACAGGAGGCAUUAUUCAGGUGCUCUGCGAGAAGAUGCCUACUCCACAGGAAGUAUUCACUGUGGAUCACCCAUUCCUUUUCUUUAUUCGGCACAACCCCACAGCUAAUAUGAUCUUCUUUGGCAGGGUUUGUUCCCCAUAGAAGAAGGAGACUUUAGAGAUAGAAGGCAGAGCUUAGCAUUUCAUUCCCUGAGAUUAAUGAUGAUUAUUCCAUUAGUCCUUGUCAAUAAAACCUCUAUACAAAACACAAUCAUUCUUUCUUUUGUAUGUGUGUAUGUUUUGUAUGUUUCUUUUGUAUGUUGGCUUUUUAUAUCCAUUGGCAUGGGUAUGUAUAUAUUGUUUUUCCCCUGAAAAAUCUAAUUUCCACUGUCAACAGAAUCACGUCUAAAAGCUAAAGAAUUAAAUAGAUGUAUAGAUUCAUGACUGUGAGGUAACCUGUGCAAUUGUAAUAGGCUCCUGAUAGGCAUGAAAAUGUAUGGCUUUUCCCAUUCAAUUGUUUUCCAAUUUAGAAUUAGAGUAAGAAAAAAAAAACCAGGACAUAAAACUGACAAUUCAUAAAGCCCUAAUAAAAUUAAUGGUUGCAAAAUA